UACCGCUUGCGAUUAUAUUUCAAUUAAUUAAUUAUUAAUUUAAAAAAUAUGUUUAAACCUGAGACUGAAGAUAUGUUACCUCGAUGUGCACCAAAACCAAGUGUUCCUCUGGAUAUGAAUACUGCUGCUAUAGUACGCCCAACCGUGCCUGAAGUAUCAAUAUUAUUAGGAGUGCAACAAGUUCCUCCUACAAGUACAUCCACUUUGCCUGCAGCUACGUCGGAACCGACGCAACCAACCUAUGCAGCUUGGAAAAAGCAAGUACUGCCGAAGGUUUCGUUUCCACCGAUUGGCGCUGAAGUAUAUAGCAUAAAUGGUCACGUAGUAAAUUCAACCAAUGUUAUUUCUGCUCCAGCAAAGCCAAAUCUCGUUAACCAGCCAUACGCUGCUAAUAAUACACAAAUAACAUCAAAUGUUUAUCCACAAAGAUCUAUUACCGUAAACGCAGCACCAAUGUGCCCCAUUGGGAGUUCUAUAGAUGUUAUAUCUAGAUCAGGUGGGUCAACGCAGUUGCCGCAAUAUCGAAGAAGUUUAGAUCAACCAUUAACUGUACAAGAAAACAAACAAGAUAAUUUAAAUUGCCGUGUUCCUGAUAUUCCUACAAUAAUGGCACAUCAGCAAAAUCAAACAAUUUUGACGUCCAAAUCGGACGUACUUACAAUUUGUGCAGGCACGCAAACCGAUUCAUCAUUGAUUUCUGAUUUUAAACAUAUUGAUGCUGCAUUAUUCACACGUCUAGCAACUAAGGAAGAUAUUCAACAAUUACAUUCAAUAUUUGGGGAGCUGCGCACAAACCAGCUUCGUGUAAUAAAUCUUGUCGAAAAGCUUUUAAAUCAACAUCAAGCUAACUCUAUUUCAGUGCCUCGUCAAGAUGCUAGUACACAGUACCGCGAUAACGGUUGUUGUGAUAACGAAAGGAAAACUCGAUCACCGGAAGCCUUGACCGAAGAGUCAAAUAACGCGAAUUCUGUUGUAGCUCCAAGCGCCGUGUAUCAACCAAUGAAAGAUAUGCCCAUAUUCGCUUUAGCCUCACCGCGACAGCCGGCAGCACAAUCUACUGCUUACCAACCUAACACACCACGCAAUAUCAAAUCAUCUACAGACAAUAUGAUUCAUAAUAAACCAAACACGGAACAAAGUAUGCUCAUGAAUGAGUUGGCUCUUAAAUAUUUACCAAAUGAAAAAUUAAAUGAAUUGCUACACGAACUUAAUAUAUCACCUACGCCACCGAAACAAACUACACCUUUACGGCCAAUUGAAAACACACAGAAACGACCAAGUGAUAUUUCAAAUGCUUCUUACAAGUACCUUCAGAAAUAUAGAUUGUUACCGGAAGGGCAAAAUGAAAUCAAAGAACAACUAACGCCAGUGGGCUCGCCUUUGAUGCAGGUCGCACAACAACAGCUACAUCAAUCACCCUAUCAACAGCGUCUAGCAUCACCUUGUAUCUUAUCGCCACAAACGGCCAUGUUAGAUCUGGAACAUAUUCGACGACAACCCAAGCUUAUUUAAUUCGUAAUGUUUAUGUAGUAAUUUAUAAAAAAUAAGAAUUUUAGGAAUUUUUUCAAUUAAACUAAUUUAUUUAAAAAUAUUCAUUAUUUAAUGCUUACUAUGCUCU